UAUGGGUUUUAUGUAUUUUAGAUCACACAUAACUUGCUAUGUGUAUGUAAUUUUAAUAUUUUGAUCCCAUGUUUCAUUAUUAAAGAUUCUAGUUUCCUAUAGCAGGAGACACCUGCUGUUGCUGACACAUCUCUGUGUGACAACGCACGUCCAUGAGAGUGCGUAACAACAUGAACAAAUGAUGAUACGUCUAAAAAAACAUGUUAAUUAUUGUCUUCAUAUGUUCAAAGAAAGGCUGCAAUUAGGUGUCCACAAGUUACAACUCCCGAUGGCGCACAAGCGAGUGACUGGACAGACUCCAUGACGCGGGUAAAGCUGUUGUAAUGAUUACCGUUUUAUGACAAUGCACCUCCCAAUAAUUCUGAAGAAAAAACGCUCAUGUGAUCUAUAAAAGACCAAGUGAACUCGCAUUUAAAAUCUGUAUCCGUUAUGAGUCUGAACGACGCUACCACGCGCAUUGAGCACGUCUUUAGUGGAACCUUUGCGCACUCCACACAAAGCGCAGCCCUAGAGAUCCUGGAGAACUGUGUGCUAGGAGUCGACGAUGAGGGGAAGAUUGCAUUUAUUGAAAAGGAUCCAGAUGUCGACAGCCUAUCAAAAAUAUGGGGGUUUGACGCAUCAGAAAGAAUAAAGCUUGGACAAUAUGAGUUCCUUAUGCCAGGAAUGGUUGAUACACACAUUCAUGCAUCACAGUAUAGCUACACUGGAACUGCAUUAGAUUUGCCUCUACUGGACUGGCUUAACACGUACACUUUCCCUGUGGAAGCUCAAUAUAAAGACCUGGAUUUUGCCAACAAUGUCUACACCAAAGUAGUGAGAAGAACGUUAAAGAAUGGAACCACAACUGCUUGUUACUUUGCCACAAUACACACAGAUGCGUCUCUUCUGCUUGGAGAGCUUGCAGAUAAAUUUGGCCAGAGAGCUUUAGUGGGCAAAGUUUGCAUGGACUGCAAUUCUGCAGUUCCGCAGUACAAGGAAAGCCCAGACCAGUGUAAAGCAGAGACAGAUCGUUUCAUCAUAGAACUUCUGAAAAAGGAGUACUCAAAUGUUAAGCCUGUGGUCACGCCCCGAUUUGCUCCAUCCUGUUCCGCAUCACUGCUCAGUGAAUUGGGUGAAAUCGCCAAUAACAACAAGCUCCACAUUCAGCUAAUCCCUGUCUGGGAAACCACCCCUCAGAGUCACAUCAGUGAGAACAAGCAGGAGGUGGAUCUUGUGAAGACACUGUUCCAAGACUGCAAAUCCUACACUGAUGUUUACCUCAAGCACAACCUGCUCACAAAUAAGACUGUAAUGGCCCAUGGCUGUCACUUAACUGAUGAAGAACUGAAGAUCUUCCAUGAAAGAGGAUCGGCAAUAGCUCACUGUCCCAACAGUAACAUUUCGAUUUGCAGUGGGAUGCUAAAUGUGCGCAAUGUUCUGAACCACAAAGUAAAAUUGGGUUUAGGGACAGAUGUAGCUGGAGGCUACUCCCCAUCCAUAUUAGAUGCUAUUCGAAGAGCUCUGGACACAUCCAAAGCUCUGACCAUCCAGGACCCUGAACAUCAAACUUUAACCUUUGAGGAGGUUUUUAGACUGGCUACACUUGGUGGUAGUGAGGCCCUUUCAUUGGAUGAUCAGAUUGGAAACUUUGUAGUGGGGAAGGACUUUGAUGCCCUGCGAGUGAAUGUUUGCGUUCCUGGUGGACCAAUCGAUUUGUUUCCAGGAGAGGGCCCAAAGGCCGUUUUGGAGAAGUUUUUGAAUUUAGGUGACGAUCGAAACAUUACUGAAGUCUAUGUGGCUGGAAGACGGGUGGUUCCAUUUUUGAAUACAUAGUUACUUCUAGAAUCCUUCUAGAUUUUAUUCCAUUCAUGUUGUUACCGUAAAUGUAAUGCUUGAGGGCGUUGAGUUUAGAUUGAUUUGGUUGGCUUAGCAAAGGAGGGUGUGGAUGGUAUUUACACUUGUAGAAUUAUAUUAUUCAGCUAAUAUAUUUUUAAACAUCUUGCUUUAGUGAACUUUAAAUUGAAAAGCUACUUGUUUUUAUAUGUGCUUUUAUGUUGAUUAUGUUAAUCAUGGAAAUAUCGGGAUAGUGAGUACAGCACUUUUAACAUUUUAUGAACUUGUGUUAAUUUAAUCAACUUUUAUUCACCAAGUAAUUGUUACUGAAAAUAAAUAAAUAACAUUU